ACGUAGUCGGAUCACUGAUCUUUUCAGGGAAAAAAAAAACUUCUUCCAGAGAUAUGAAUUUGAUUACACUUGGUAUGUUGUGUCUGUUCGGACUGGUUUUGGCCCAGAACUCCGACGAAGAUGAUCCUUUUGAAGAUUUGACUAAAUGUCCUGGAGGAUAUUGCGUGGAUAUUCACCUCUGUGUGAACAACAGUAUCGUAACCGAUGGAGAAAGCAUCAUUGAGUUUGGAGAAAGAUUUGGAGGAGAACCAAUAGAAGUGAGCGUUAACAAGGCCGAAAACGAGGAUGUAUGCGAAAUGUUCCUGAAACGUUGCUGCCCUCACAAGGGGUCCAACCCUCGUAUAAACCCCACCUCAAACAAUCCCCAGAAUGAGGACGAUCUUCCAGAACCACCUCCGUCGUGUGGCCGGGGCCACCCCAACGGUUACAUGUACCGCGUAAAGGACGAAUCGGUCGCCCAGUACGGCGAGUUUCCCUGGAUGGCCGGACUGUUCCGUCCAAAUACGACGACGAACGAGCUGGAGUACUUUUGCGGUGGAUCGUUGAUCCACAAGCAGGUCGUCCUAACGGCAGCGCACUGUCUGAGGAACUUUACCACCCCGCAUGGUUUGACGGUCCGCUUGGGCGAUUGGGACAUUGUCAACGCGAACGAACCACACAAACACAAGGACUUUGCCGUGCGGAAGAUCAUCAAGCACGAGGAGUGGCACACCCUGAAAUACCACAACGAUCUUGCCCUGCUGAUCCUGGACAAGCCGGCUACCCUGGCCAAGAACGUCAACCUGCUCUGCCUGACAACGGGGGACGAUUCCUUCGACGGCGAACGGUGUGUGGCCAUCGGUUGGGGCAAGGACGUCAAGCGGGGAACCUACGCCGAAGUGCUGAAGAAGGUCGAACUUCCGGUGGUUGAGCAUCGAGCCUGUCAACGGAUGCUGCGGCAGACGAGGUUGGGACCGAUCUUCCUGCUGCACACGGGAUUCCUGUGCGCAGGGGGUGAAGCUGGGGUGGACACGUGCAAGGGCGACGGAGGGGCACCGUUGAUGUGUGAUCGGGGGGACGGGACGUACGUGCAGGCCGGGAUCGUGGCCUGGGGAAUGGGUUGUGGGCUGGUGGAUGUUCCCGGAGUUUAUGUGAGGGUGCCAAAGUAUGCCGGGUGGAUUGAGACGAAAAUUAAGCAGGAGAGUUUAGAUUGA